AAGUGAUAACAACGAAUGUUAAAGAUUUAAAAUUUUCCUUCCUUACGAUAAUAUUAUUAUUUGUUGUAUAAUAUUUAAAAUAUAUUGUAUUACUUAAUAAUUGUUAAUUUAUUUUACUCAUUAUGUUGGAUAAUUUACAAUGAUAUUUUUUUAACAAUGAUUUCUUAUUAGUUGCAACCUGAGAAUCCAAGUCCAAAAUUCGUUGAGUUAAUUUACAGAUUUCAAUUCGUCAGUUUAUUAUUAUAAUUAUAGAGUUAUACAGAUCGUUGUUAGUUUAAAUCUCUGAAACUGUGUAUUUAGAUUUCAAGAUUGUUUGUUUUGCGUGUUAUCAUAUUCAAUCAAUUAUGUACAUUUUAAUUUAUUUUAAUAGGUAGCAAGAUUCCACUUUAUUAGUUACCAAUAGGUAAAUAGAGUACAUUGAGUACAACGCUAUUUCGAUAACUUAACUAUGGAUGAUUUCUUGCGAAUGGUGACUUCAGAUUUUGAACGUAUAGCAUCUAGCACUGGGUUUCGAUUCAAUCAAUAUAGUGGAUCGGUAGACUGGGAAUAUUUAGAAGAAUUUGUCAUUAAUGAUAUAGUUGAUAAAGCCGAUGUAAAGAGUUUGUCAAUGCUUGUAGCCAGUGUUCUUGGUUACAAUAUUGAGAAAAUGAGUGUGUCAAAAAAAAUAUUUCGUCUUUCACAAUUGAUAAUAGACUUUUUGUUGCAUUACAAAAAACAUUCGACUUUUAAGUUCAAUGACAAAGUAGAUUCAAUGGCACUUUGUGAGUUGUGUGGAAAGAUGUUCAUGGAUAUUUCUUAUUUGAAAUAUCAUUGUUUCCGUCGACAUAAACUCAAUUCAUGCACUUUUACAAGUUUGCCCGAAAAUGAAGAUGUUGAUAGUUUAAAAUUAGAAAUCCUUCAACUUCAAACUCAAUUGAAAGAAAUUACAUCAACUUUUGAGAAUAAAUUAAAAAAUACUAAAAUGUACAUCGAUGAACAUGAUCUAAAUAACUGUUAUUCUGUUCAUAAAAAUAAAUUAUCAUAUCAUUUAAUACCUCAACCGGGUGAUAACCCUAUGCAGAUACAAGAAAUGUAUUGGAAACAAAAAUAUGAAAGUUUAGAAGAAAAUUAUAAUAGUCUUAAAAAUGAAUAUGAAAAAAGUCAAAAUUCUACUAAAUCUAAAAUUAUUUUAGAUCAUAAAUAUCAACAGUGUGAUUUUUAUAAGUCUGAAAAAUCCUCAAAAUAUACACAGACAAAUAUUUUAAUUGAAAAUUCAACACCAGUGUGUUCUCCAGAACGACCACCUCGGACAAUUGACGCUAUACCUAUGAAUGAGUAUAAAGGAAUCUGUAAUAUGGAUACUCCAGAAAUAGAUCAAACAAAUUCAGAUUGUAAUCGAUGUAAUGGUGAUUUAAGUUCAGACAAAGAUUUUUACGAGUUAAAGAAACUAAGACUGGAAGCGCGUAUGAAUAUUGAUGACAACAAUGUUUGUGAAAAUUUAUCAGAGCCUUUAUUGUCUUCUGACUUUGUUGACAGUAUAAAAAUUGUAUUGGUACUUGGUCAGACUCGAGUAAAUGAAUUAUUUAAAAAUGCUUCUUUAAUGGAUUUAAUAAAAUUUGAAAUUAAAGAUUUAGUUAACAGAAAGUUGGAAGAGUAUUAUAGGUUUAUGGAUGGAAUGGAUGAGAGUGUAGAACAGGAUAAUUGUUCACAUGAAAUGUUUGAAAAUCAAGAGUCUUCUGAAGCUUCCAUUUGUGAAGACAAUAAAAAAGAACAACAAAGUUUUCUUGAAGUUGAUAUUAAUACGACUUCAGUUAAAAAGAAUAAAACAGUUAUGUCAAAAUUAAAAAAGAAAGCAUUGCGCCUAAGCAGUAUAUUUUCUCCAAGUACAAAAACUAAAAUAAUAGAAGUACAACCAUCCACUAAACAAGACCCUGAAAUUUCUCAAUCAACUGAACAAUUUAAUAAUGAUAAUAGUAAUGCAUUACUUACUUAAUGAUAUGUAUGCAUUAUUAUCAUAAUUGUAAAAAAUAAUACAAUCAUGAAUCAAUAAAAUAUUUUAAGAAAAUCGUUUA